AUGUUCUUGGAGUCUGUUGAUGGUUCUAGCUAUUCAAAGACUGGGGAAAAGAUGUUUCAAUUAUUAAGUAAAUGUGUGGAAAAGAUUGGAGUAAGAAAUGUGGUGCAAGUGGUCACCGAUAGUGCUUCAAACAAUGUUUUAGCAGGAAGAUUUUUGGAGGCAAAAUAUCCUACGUUGUUUUGGACACCAUGUGCAGCGCACUGUUUGGAUUUAAUGUUGGAAGAUAUUUUCAAGUUGCCUAAUAUGAAGAAGACAUUUGAGAGAGCUGUUAUGGUGAAUAGCUAUAUCUAUACUCGUUCGGGUCUAGUAAACAUGCUUAGAAGGUUUACUGACAAGAAAGAGUUGUUGAGGCCUGCAAAAACACGGUUUGCAACUGCCUUUAUCACUUUGGGCAGGAUGCAUAGUCUGAAAGCAACCUUAGAAGGAUGUUUACCUCCGAGGAGUGGAUGA